AUGAUCAGAGCUACGCCUUCAUAUUCUUUAGAUAGUGGUGUUUAACUAAAAUUUUAGUAAAAACAAAUUUGUAAACCCAUUUUUUAUAUCAAAUCACUCGUUAAAAAAAGAAAAAUAAGACCUAAAAGUUAAGAAGCUACUGAUUCAGAUUAAUAAAAUAUAAGUCUUGUUCAAGGUCCUUCAAGAAGGAAAAGCUGUUAUUGUAAUUAAUGUGGAAGCAUGGGAAAGAAAUAAUUAUAAUUCAUGGACCUAAAAUUAUCAUAAUAAACAAAAUUGAUUAACAGAAGAGCAUAAUGUAAUAUUGAUAGAAGAUGCACUCUAAAUAUUUAAAGCAUAAGUACACUGAAUUAAGUAUUUAAAGAUCGCAGCGUAUUUUAUCGCAGGAAUACUUAAAAAAAUUCAGAAAAAGUGGACAAUUUAAAAUCUCCUACUUAUGAUUUAGGUGAUUCCAAAAGUCCUGGUUGGUUUAUUAGACAAAUGGCUAUGCGAAAAUCAAUUAUAGAUGUUUAGAAAUUGAUAGAGAAUUCUCAUUCAAAAAAUUCUUAUCAGUAAUCUAAUAAAAAACUUAUAGUUGAUGACACAAUAAAUCCUAAAAGCCAAUAAACUAUCCAUGUGCCUACUAGUAUACGUACUUUAUAUCAAAAGUGUUACAUAGAUAGUCCUGGCGUUAGAAUAAGAACAGUGGCAGGAUUUGAUUGUGAAAACAAUCUAACAUCACCAAAAUAAAGGGAUAUUCCUAAAUUAUCUCCUUAUCUUAGUUUCAGAUAAAUUAAUUUCAAUUUAUUAGUACCAUUAAAAUUGAAAAGUAAUUCUUCAACCAGGAAAACCAAUAAAAAAAUAUUUUUCCACUCUAAAGUCUAAAAUUGA